AUGGUGGAGGACAUGGUCGAAUCCCUUGAAGAAUUCGGUUCGGGCGACUUGGUGCCCCCCGAAUCCGGGAGCCCCUCGGCCGACUCGGGCUUCGAUGAUGGAAUCAGGGUCGCGAACGAUCCCGUUGAACCCUUCCGAACACAAAUCCGAUCGGGCGAUGUCGUCAUGUUCCUUGUGAACUCGGAAAUUUGGGAGUUGAUGCAUCCGUUCGGCCAUGAGAUGUUGAUCAACACGAACGGACGUUAUCUCCGACCCGACGUUAGAGUCGAGCUUCAAGGCCUCAAACCCGAUAAGAUGUACUCGGUACGAGCCCGGAUAGGAACAAUAUCGCCGACGAAGCUGGCUUUCCGAAGAGGACGCUGGGACUAUACCACGGAAACCGCCCAAGAAUUGUCGAUCGUAUACGAGCAUCCCGAAUCGCCUAAGCUGGGUCAGUAUUGGCUGGACGCGUUCAUCGUAUUCGACUCGAUCAAAGUGUAUAGUCAAGCGAAUCUAGAAGAAGAAUCCGCCGCAACGAAACUCGUGCUGGACACCCGUCGAAAAUAUCAGCUCGCGAUCGAAGUAGAAGAAUUACAGGGAGCAACGCAUCACUUCGAAUUCGAACAACUGCAAUUCAUCUCGGUGACCGCCUGGCACUCGGCGCAUGUGAAGAAAUUCAAGGUCAAACCUCAUCAAUACGCGAAUCCGACGCGUAUGAAGCCGGUUGAUGAAGUCGAUGCGGCCAUCGGAUCGCGUUCAGCGCCCCCGGUUUUCCGUGUUGUCAACCACGAAGUCAGCAACGAGCUCAACCCGAACGCCAUCAACAUUUUGUGCAAACCACCGGCAUCAACGAGCAGUAGUCGGAUUCAUAAAAUAGGUAUUAUCGAAGAUUCAGGAUCGGCGCCGGUCUCAUCAGCGCCUACGAGACGCGAAACGGAACAAGCUGUCCGCUUAUUGAAUAACGACCAGAGUCUCGACUUCGAAGAUGAUUUUCUCUCGUAGACAUAUUAAGGGAACCUCGGUGUUGCAUAUUGUGCCUCCGAAUGGCUCAACUAUUCAAUACCCCUGUGCGAUGAGGGGUAUUCAUAAACAUUUUAAACCCAUCCUCAAUAAAUAUCAGCUCGGAAUUGAAGAGCAUUU